GGUCUCAAAAACAAAGGGCAAUCAUGGACAUAAGAGCACAUCAGAAGGACUGAAACUGCCAAAAGAACUUGCGUCUUUCGAAGCCGUGUCCAGAGGCUACAAUCUGGAGGAGGCGAUGGCAGCUCUGGUGCUGGUCUUUUACAGCUCUGCAGGUCCAGAUGGCCGAGUCAGCAGAGAAGCCGUUAAAGAGAUAUUCCUGACACAGUUUCAGGCUUUCACACGGGGCCAGGAGUCGAAGGCCUCGUACAAGGAGGUCAUGAGGGAGCUGGAGAGUCACGGCGAAGGCACGAUGGCGCUGGAGGACUUCCUGCUGCUCACCCUCAGCCUGUCCGUCACCUCCGAUCUGCUGGACGCCAUCCAGGAGGCGGCUGGACAGCGGCAUCGAUAGCGGCAGGCCGCGGUGUCACAGUCUGCGUCACGCACAUCAUGUCUAAUGGGAUCGCGGCUUGUCAUUCUUCAACACAUGUGGCGAAGCUGUAAUUGUAGCCUGCCUAUGCCCCUGUCAUAAUCUCUCUGUUCAUAUCAGUGGGAUACAUGUGUAGCAUGAAGUGUUAAAGUCUCAAUCAGUAUUAGUGAUGAGGCUGUCAUGGUGAUUGCUGAUUGAUUUGGACUGUGUUUGGAUUCCAGUUGAUUGGUUCACACAUUCCAUAUACACAACUUGGCAUCA